GCGGGCGAGCGCGCGGCUCCUGCGCACUCGGCCGCCGCCUGCGCGAGUCGUUGGCACAGCUGCGUUCUCGCCUCCACGGUUGGGAACCGGGUCCAGCGGUAACCGCCGCUGAGCGCCCUGCGCUCCCCACACCUGCGCGCCUUCCCCACGGCAACAGGUCAGGGGCGGGCGGAGGCGGCGAGGGCGCACGACCCGAGACUGGAGGACUAAAGGUCUGGAAGAUGAAUAGACUCGUCGCUUUCCACUGACUGGUAGCAAUGGCAUUUACCGAAAGAGUCAACAGCAGCGGCAACAGCAGCUUGUACAAUGAAGACAGAAAUCUGCUUCGAAUUAGAGAGAAGGAAAGACGCAACCAGGAAGCUCACCAAGAGAAAGAGGCAUUUUCUGAAAAGAUUCCCCUUUUUGGAGAGCCCUACAAGACAGAAAAAGGUGAUGAGCUAUCCAGUCGAAUACAGAACAUGCUGGGAAACUAUGAAGAGGUGAAGGAGUUCCUUAAUACCAAGUCCCACCCUCAACGCUUGGAUGCUUCUGAAAAUAGGUUGGGAAAGCCAAGAUACCCCUCAUUUCCUGAGAAGGGGAGCAGCAUUCCAUCUCACUCCUUCCACACUAGUGUCCACCACCAGCCUAUUAAUACUCCUGCCUCUGGACCACUUCCUAUUGGUACCAUUAGCCACAACCCAAAGAUGGCGCAGCCAAGAAUGGAACCAAUGCCAAGUCUCCAUGUCAAAAGCUAUGGCCCACCGGACAGCCAGCACAUGACCCAAGAUCGCCUUGGUCAGGAGGGGUACAGCUCUAGUCAUCACAAAAAGGGUGACCGCAGGGCUGAUGGAGACCACUGUGCUUCAAUGACAGACUCAGCUCCAGAGAGGGAGCUUUCUCCUUUGUUCUCUUUGCCUUCCCCAGUCCCCCCUUUGUCACCUGUACAUUCCAACCAGCAGACUCUUCCCAGGACGCAAGGAAGCAACAAGGUUCACAGCAGUAACAGUAACAAUAAAGGCUACUGUCCGGCCAAGUCUCCCAAGGACCUACCGGUAAAGGUCCAUGAUAAAGAGACCCUUCAAGACAGUUCAGUAGCAGUUGCCAGCCUUGCGGUAGCCCCUCCCCAGCCACCUUCUCAGACUUUCCCCCCACCCCCUCUCCCCUCAAAAAGCCUUGCAAUGCAGCAGAAGCCCACAGCUUAUGUCCGGCCCAUGGAUGGUCAAGAUCAGGCUCCUAGUGAGUCUCCUGAACUGAAACCACUGCCGGAGGACUACCGGCAACAGAGUUUUGAAAAAACAGACUUAAAAGUGCCUGCCAAAGCCAAGCUCACUAAGCUGAAAAUGCCUUCUCAGUCAGUCGAGGGUUUUUGCCGCUACCAGAAACAGUGGAACAUGGAUUCUUAUGCUCCUUGUCACCAAGUAGAAAUGCGCUCGACCUACUCCAGUGAAGUCCAUUGUGUUGAAGAGAUUCUGAAGGAAAUGACCCAUUCAUGGCCUCCUCCUUUGACAGCAAUACACACGCCUAGUACAGCUGAGCCCUCCAAAUUUCCUUUUCCCGCAAAGGAUUCUCAGCAUAUCAGUUCUGCAACCCUAAACCAAAAACAAUAUGAUACAUCUUCAAAAACCCACAGUAAUUCUCAGCAGGGAACAUCUGUUUCUAUCCCUGCCUGUUCUAGCAUGCUCAAAGAUGACCUUCAGCUCAGUGACAGUGAGGACAGUGACAGCGAUCAAACCCCAGAGAAGCCUCCGCCCGCAUCUGCACCUCCAAGCGCUCCGCAGGCGCUGCCCGCAGCCGCGGCCUCAGCACAUUCCAGCAGCGCUGAGUCGGAGAGCACCAGCGACUCUGACAGCUCCUCGGACUCGGAGAGCGAGAGCAGCUCCAGUGACAGCGAGGAGAACGAGCCUCGAGAAACCCCGGCUCCCGAGCCCGAACCUCCGACAACAAACAAAUGGCAGCUGGACAACUGGCUGACCAAAGUCAGCCAGCCCGCGCCACCCGCCGAGGCCCCGGGCAGCGCCGAGCCCCCGGCCCGGCACCCGGACAGUAAGGGCAAGGGUGGCGACGGUGCCACCGGAGGUCACGAGCGCUCGGAGUCCAAAGAGCCUCCCCCCAAAAGCUCCAGCAAAGCCCCCCGGCUGCCUUCCGAAGGCCCCCACGCGGGCAAGAGGAGCUCUCAGAAGUCCCCUGCCCAACAGGAGCCCCCGCAGAGGCAAACCGUGGGAUCCAAACAACCCAAGAAGCCCGUCAAGGCCUCCGCCCCGGGGCAUGCGGAUGCGCAUGCAGAUGCACGCGCCAGUCUGCUGGUGGAGAGCGAGCCCGGACUUCCUCCCCAGGCCUCCAAAGACCAGCCUUCCAAAGACAAGCCCAAGGUGAAGACGAAAGGGCGGCCCCGUGCCGCAGAGAGCCGUGAGCCCAAGCCGGUGGCGCCCACCCCCAGCGAACGGAAGAAGCACAGGAGCGGCCCCCCGGCCCCCCCGAAGGCACCUCCGAAGGACGCGGCGGGGGACAGGAGCCCCGAGCACUUUGCCCUGGUCCCCCUGACCCAGAGCCAGGGCCCUGCUCGCAGCGGCGGCGCCAGGACUAGUGGCUGCCGACUGGCAGUGGUCGUCCAGGAGGACCGCCGCAAGGACAAACCCCUGGUGCCUUUGAGAGACACCAAGCUGCUCUCCCCGCUCAGGGACACUCCGCUCCCGCAAAGCUUGAUGGUGAAGAUCACCCUGGACCUCCUCUCUCGGAUACCCCAGCCUCCUGGGAAGGGCAGCCGCCCCAAGAAACCGGAAGACAAACAGCCAUCGGCAGCAAAGAAGGCAGAUUCUGAGAAGAGAAGCUCAGAAAACUCAAGCAAGUUGGCCAAAAAGAGAAAGGGUGAAGCAGAAAGAGACCACGACAGCAAGAAAAUCAGGCUGGAGAAGGAAGUCAAAUCGCAGUCAUCACCCUCAUCCUCCCACAAAGAAUCUUCUAAAUCAAAAACGCCCAAGCCCUCCUCUGAGCCCUCAAAGAAGGAAAUGCUUCCCCCUUCACUUGUGUCAUCCUCGUCCGCAUCCUCCCAGAAGCCAGCCAAGCCUGCACAAAAGAGGUCAAGGCAGGAAGCAGACCCCAGUGGCCAGGACCCUCCCAAAAGUGCCAGUAGUACCAAGGGCAACCACAGAGACUCUUCUGUUUCCAAGCACAGAAAAGUAGAGGGGAAGGGCUCUGGAAGCUCUGCAGAACACAAAGGAUCUUCUGGAGAUACUGCAAAUCGUUUUCCAGUGCCUUCUUUGCCAAAUGGUAACUCCAAGCCGGGGAAGCCUCACAUGAAGUUGGACAAACAACAAGCAGAUUUUCACAUGAAGGAGGCCAAAAGGUUGAAGGACAAAGCAGAAUUAGUGACGGACAAGGUUGGGAAGGCUUUUAAGUACCUGGAAGCUGCCUUGUCCUUUAUUGAGUGUGGUAUUGCCAUGGAAUUGGAAAGCCCAGCGUCCAAGUCGGCUUGCUCCAUCUAUGCAGAAACCCUAGACCUCAUCAAAUUCAUAAUGUCAUUAAAAUCCUUCUCGGAUGCCACAACACCAACACAGGAGAAAAUAUUUGCUGUUUUAUGCAUGCGUUGCCAGUCCAUUUUGAACAUGGCUAUGUUUCGUUGUAAAAAAGAUAUAGCAAUAAAGUAUUCCCGUACUCUUAACGAACACUUCUUCAAGACUUCUUCCAAAGUUGCCCAGGCACCUUCUCCAUGCAUCGCAAGAAGCACAGGCACACCAUCCCCCCUCUCUCCAAUGCCUUCUCCAGCCAGCUCCAUAGGAUCCCAGUCAAGUGCUGGUAGUGUGGGGAGCGGGGGGAUGCCGGCCACCAUCAGCACCCCCGUCACCAUCCAAAACAUGACAUCUUCCUAUGUCACCAUUACUUCCCAUGUCCUUACCGCCUUUGAUCUUUGGGAACAGGCUGAGGUCCUUACCAGGAAGAAUAAAGAAUUCUUUGCUCAGCUCGGCACAGGUGUGUGCGCCCUGGCCCUUGACAGCAGUCUGAUGGACCUGGUGCGCUAUACAAGACAGGGCUUUCAGCGGCUGAAACAAGUAACCAAAACACCUUAAUGGAGGCCCAGGUUGAUCUGAUGCCUUGGGAACUUUUUUGCACGUUGGAAGCCUCAAAACAGUCCAGACAUUUGUCUCAUCAGGAUACCAAACUCGAGAAGAGAAGCACCAUGAGAUGGCCAGGACAUUUGUUCACUGAAACUCAAGAACUAUGGAAUCAUUGGUUGGACAGGAUGGUUUUGUAGAAGCAGAAAUGAGGAGGCUGGCCUCAGAGAUGAUCUUGCCUUUCCUUCCUAAAGGACAGAAGUGCAAUGUAGCCUGAGUGGGCGUAUGAAUGGUCUAGAAACAUUUCCGUCUUUUUUUAACCAGCAGGAUGCAAAUGAAAUGAGGAGGAACAAUUUCAACUCUGAAAGCAAAUUCACAUCAUCUCAGUAGCCACAUUAGUUCAUUCCUAGAAGGAAUUUUUUUUUUUUUUUUAAACAGUGAAUUGUGGUGUAGGGUUUUGUGGGUGAUUUUUUUUUUUUUCUUUUAAGUUUUGGGGGAAAUAUUUGUUUAAUAAAUUCUAAUGGUCAUCUAUAAAACAU